UUCACUGAUCCCUUUGACUACACUUCCUUGCGACUUUGGCGACAGGAUGAGAAAGCUCCGGUGGUGUACGUGCUCCCCGUGCUCCCCACGAGACCUGGUUUGAUGGGAUCCUUUUGGCACGACAGUGCCGUGAUAUGUGGCCCCCAUAAAUGCAUAACAAGCUGCCACCUGCCAUGGACCCGGAUCUUGAUGUGUGUGAGUCGUGGAUGGCGAGGUGUCUGGACGUUUGGGAUCGUUUGGGCUCCGGGUCUUCCCCUGGAACUUGGCCCUUGAGGAUUAGCUUGACUUUGCUGACAGCUUUUUCAUGGAAAGGGGGAGGACGCGCGGGAGAGUCGAAUCUGAUUCAUUCUGAUUCGACUUAUGCAUUUCGUCAACGAAAUCAGGGAACCACCGCAAGUCCUGCAGACGGUCCCGCAUGCUAGACGGGAAAUGGCCAGCUUGCAAGAUCCGAUCGGAGCACUAAAUCGAGAAAGGCAUCCCAGAUUUUAUGUGGUGGAAUCCCAAACGGUUUUUCAUUCCCAGCUGAUUUGAUUAGAAACAGAAACCAAGCACCGGAUUGACCACCUUAUUUUUUGAGACAAACUGUAACGUUCCAACAGUUCUUGUUCUCCCUAUCAGAUCCCUCUCAGGCGUCUUGGAACAGUUUCAGCCUCACACAUCAUGACACGUAGUAGUCUAACGCAAGUUCUAACACACUUUUCCAACAUAGACCAUUCCAUAGCCAGAAAUUCAACGAUCCUUUGGCAGCGGUUCAUCACCAACACCUGCCCAAACCUGGUCUCCUGCGGCGUCCGCACGCGACGGGUGAAAAACUCCGACUGGUCUCGCGCCAGGCUCGCGAUCAGCGAUUCGCGCUUGCACAUUGCCCGCGCGCGAUGUCCCAAGCCUUUGAGCUUGCGGGGUCUCUUCCUGGGUCCACGGACCUUUGGCUUUCGUUGCAUGCAUUUUCAGGAGUUCAUGGGACAUCACGCGGGGCUGACCAUCACCAGCUUGGCACAUGGAAGCUUAGAGUCCUACGCCACCACGCGCUCCCGGGCGCCGCCCUUCUGGCCUGGCUUGGGGCCGCCCAUCGACGGCUUUGGCUUCGUGUUUAUGCCAAAGUUCUCACAGAUGUACUUGGCUGCCCUGUCGGUGACCCAGAAGCCGUACGGCUUGUCGCGGCACGCCACGGUCGCGGAACCGCGGACCUGCUUGGUGGCGGACCCCCGGGGCUAUUUGAGAGUGACAAGAUCUCAGCAGCACACGAUCCCCAAAGGUGCGCGGAUCGUGGCAGUGGUGGAUCCCGAAGGUGAAGAAAUCGAUCUGGACGAUUCCUGCUGGGCGAGCGAGAGCGAGUUAGAGCUGGGCUCCAAGGUCUUGCUCGAAGCGGUCGAUCACCAAUGGAACACCAUGUCCGACGAGCCUUGGGUGCCUCAACUCCGAAGCAUCAUGGAUAUCAUCCUUGGCAAGGAAGUGAUGUCAGGCGCCAAUGACAAGGUCAUUUGGGAUGUCCUCGAAGAGCCCGAACGAGAGGAACCCAGUUGCCUGGCCCGCCUAGGUGCCACGGUCUUUGGGCACGAGAUGAUGGGUCUCCACUCCACGGUGGCGGCGAUCGCGCGGCACUCCCGGCUGGGAGAUGAGAGUGAAUCAAGCUCAUGACGACACCAUCAAACCUGGCGUCAAAGUCUUCACGUCGAGGGUUUGGAUUUUUCCAUCCGAUCUGCACUGCUGCUAACUGGGCGACUACUGUUGGGGCACGGACGUGGCGCAAGCGGCGCAAGCCGUGGCCUUGGUGCAUUUGUGGGACUUUAAUGGAACCACCAACCAGUGGGACUGGAUUAUUCCCACAAAGAAGGCGCGCCUUCUUGUCUAAGAUCAGAUCAGAUCGUUUAAGACUCCAACAUCAGUACGCCGGAAUGGCGGGCCGAUCAAGGAUUCGGUUUGAGCGAUGACGUGUUCCCUCGUCGAGCACUGAAGCCCGGAGGUUGGAG